AUGAGUCUCUUCAGAUCUCGCCCAACUCUUGUCAGCCACACAUCCCGACAGCUCCUAAUCACCUACCGACACCACCCUUCCUCCCAGAAAAUGAGUUUCCGCGAUUACUCCAACCUCGAAACGCCUGCGUCUUGUUACGUAGAUUUCUGCUUGGUCCCCGUCGGCACAGGCAACGUCUCCGUCGCCAACGAAGUCGCCGAUGUGCAAAGAGUCCUGAAAGCCAGCGGGUUGAAGUACACGAUGCACUCGGCCGGCACCACCGUUGAAGGAUCCUGGGACGAAGUGAUGAAAGUCGUCGGCCAAGCGCACGCGAUCGUGCAUCAGGGGGGUGUGAAGAGGGUGCAGACUUCUAUGCGGGUUGGAACUAGAACCGACAAGAAACAAACAGCUGAAGACAAGGUGAAGAGAGUGGAAGGAAUCUUGUCGGGGGAUCAGUCACCUGCCUAG